AUGUCAAAGAGUGAAGAAAAUUUAACGUCUGAUUUUGAAGAGGAGACUUAUCUCUCUAGACCUGGAGAUGUAUUUUUGGCGUUCGUUGAUACACCAGUGAAGGAAGAGGAUGAGCUCACUAUCGAGGAUACGUUUAUUGGAGGUCAGCCAAUAUGGUUACAUCCAGAUUCUGUGCCUUCACCAGAGAUUUUACGUUGUGGUGCGUGCAAAAAGUCAGAUAACAUGAAGCUGCUUUUGCAAGCCUUUUCACCUCUUGAUUAUGACCAAGUUGAAGCUAUUCAAGAGAGAUACAACCUUAAAAACAUGAAUUAUAUCAAUGCAAAUGAUGACAGAGUACUCUACAUCUUUAUUUGUACAAAAUGUCAAAGAAGAGGGAACUCAAUUCGUUGCAUCAGAGGUGUUAAGAAAAAUAAAUCCGACCAUAGUGAGAUACUUUCAGAUAAAAUGGCGUCCAUUUCUAUGGGUAAAGACUUCCAGAUAAAUCCCUUCGAUUUAUCUAAAGGCGAAGACCAGAAUCCCUUUGGAUCUAACCCCUUCCAAAAUUCCACCUCAAGUAAUCCUUUUGAAGUCAAAAAGGGCCCUAAUGAAACUCCGAAAACUGUACCUUCUGAAAUGUCUACAAAGGCAUUAAGGAAGUUACAUGAUUCUCAAAAAGAUAAAGAAUACGAUACCACAAAGUCCUUUAGGAAUUAUUUAUUGUAUGUUGAGGAAGAGACGUUCAAGAAUAAACCAGAUCAUCUUAAACUACCAAAGAAUCUGAAAAUCGACAAGGAAGCGUUAGAUCUAACAGGAGAGAAUGAAACAGAUUUAGAGAAAAAUCCUGUUAAGUUGGAUCCUAGGACUGAGAAGCUAGCUAAAUUUUUAGAUGACGAGGUAUUUCAAAAAUUUGAGGAAAUAGUGGGUUAUAAUCCGCAGCAAGUACUUCGUUAUGAUCUGGGCGGAAAACCAUUAUUUUAUGCUGAAUCUAAAAUUGACAUAGAAAGAACGGUGCCUAACCCAGGAUUUAACCCGUCAAGCAAAAGAGUAUUCGAGAUGCAACUGAUGCCGAAGAUGAUUCUUGAUUUGGAAGAAACGGCCUCGCUAACUGAUGGAAUGGAAUGGGGUACAAUUUUAGUCUUUACGGAUGUGGAAAACUACAUUCCAACAUUCGAUGACCAUGACGUAGGGUAUGUUGAAGAAUGUGUUAAAGUUCAAUGGGAAUCAAGAACUUAA